UGAAGAUUUCAUUACUAUCUUCCCAAGAGUUCUUAAGCAACUGGAUGCAUUGGAAGAUCAGGGUGACAACAGAAGGAGGGCCUGGUAAUUAGUAUGUUCCACUUUCUGAUUUUCUGAAGGUGUAGGCUUGGGUUUCAACAACAGUGAUCUUCCUGGACCUCGGAGAGUAUUUUUAGCUAAUGGGCAAACAGUAGUAGGAAACUUAAAUGCUGUUAUUUACCUUCUCUUCCUAACCCACAGUUCCAUUCCAGAACAUGAACAGUCUCAUAUGCUUGUAUAGUGGUUCACAACUUAGAACGUUUAUGUGGUGCAUCACAAGAUCCCUACAGGGUAGUAUUAACCCAAUUUUUCAAGAAGGAAACUAUGUUUGGAAACUGUAAAAUGCAUAUUAAUAACUCUUUCUGAUGAGCUUUUCUACCGGAUCCGACGUUAUCCAAAGUACAAAAUUUUAAAUUUUUGAGGGAUUUCACUGAAUCUUCAAUACCAGGCACUGGCUUCGAUUUUAUGGCCUCAAAUAACUAUAUAUUGGGCCCCUUUCUCACCUGAAAAAUAGGGGCGACAAGACCUUCUCUACAAAUAAGAUGAAGUAAGAACAAAGGCUGAGGGUGAACCUACCACGUCGUAGGGCCUCAAAUAAAUUCCUUCUCCUUCUUGCCCUUGACAAAUGGCACAAGAUAUCACUACCAUUCCCACUUCGCACGUGGAGGAAACCCAGGUCGAGAACGCUCGGAUUUCCCCUUCUCUACUUGCAACUCCGUAACCCGCAAAUCGGCUACAGACACCUGCGAUGACCUCUUUAUCAAUUCUCGCAGGGUGGAUUCUCUCUCUCGAGAUGCCGUCUGGGGGGCUAGACGCCGCUAAUAGUUGCCCUCAGGAUCGAAGAAACUCGAUCCUAAUCCUCGACGGCACUUCAGGAACAAAGCUGCUCUCCCAUCGUCCCUAACCUCGCUAGAGUAAAGGUCGCAGCAAAGCCACCGCUCCAACCGCCGGCGCCAUCUUAGCCACUAUGUGUGACGCCGCACGUAGCAGAGAGCGCAGCCGAUUGGUUGGGAGACGGCAGCCCAGGAGAGGCGCGCGAAGCCAGAGACAGGAGGGUAUGCAGGCGAAGCAAGGAGAACUACAAUCCCGGCCUUCCUUGCGCGCACGAUAGCAAACCCACAGCGAAAGAGGUUGGAGCUUGGAUUAGGACCACAACUCCCAGUACCCUCCGUGAUGGCUGUCCUUUUCUUUCAUAACGCGGAGGAAAAGAAGGACAAGAUGAAUGGAGGCCUUUUGGCGUUUGUUCUUCGAAAGGCGGGAAAGGCGAACUACACCUCCCGACUGGCCGCGCGCGGCUGCGCCUGCGCCUUGUUACCUGUCGCCAUCUUGCCCCUUCAGAGGCACCGCAAACAAACCCAAUUCCUGGUGUCCCCUAGUCUUGGCGGAGGAGCCUUUUAGAUGAGCCCCGAAAGGCCGGGCAGGAGCUUUACGAAUUUUAUCAUGUAAUUCAUAAGUGAGGAAGCCGACGGGAGUCAACUUGCCCAAGGGAGGACAAGCUCUUUGGGGCUACCAAACAGAAGCAGCAAUGCCUGUUGUGUGGCCAACCCUUUUGGAUCUCAGCAGGGAUGAAUGCAAAAGAAUUCUUCGAAAAUUGGAAUUGGAGGCAUAUGCUGGAGUUAUCAGUGCACUUCGGGCACAGGGGGAUCUUACCAAGGAAAAGAAAGAUCUUCUUGGAGAACUAUCAAAAGUUCUUAGCAUCUCAACAGAACGCCACCGUGCUGAAGUUCGGAGAGCAGUAAACGAUGAACGGUUAACAACAAUUGCACAUAAAAUGAAUUUAUCCUUAUAUUUGGGUGAAAGACCAAGUUACAGUAUGUCUGGACCUAAUAGCUCUUCAGAAUGGUCCAUUGAAGGUCGUCGGUUGGUACCACUGAUGCCCCGCCUCGUUCCCCAAACCGCCUUUACUGUAACAGCUAAUGCUGUUGCUAAUGCAGCUAUCCAGCACAAUGCAUCUCUUCCAGUGCCUGCAGAAACAGGAAGCAAGGAAGUAGUGGUUUGCUAUUCCUACACAAGUACCACGUCAACCCCAACCUCUACCCCUGUUCCAAGUGGCAGCAUAGCAACGGUUAAGUCUCCAAGACCUGCCAGUCCUGCCUCCAAUGUAGUUGUCUUGCCAAGUGGAAGUACUGUUUAUGUCAAAAGUGUAAGCUGUUCAGAUGAAGAUGAAAAACCCAGAAAACGAAGGCGAACAAACUCUUCCAGCUCCUCUCCCGUUGUUCUAAAGGAAGUUCCAAAGGCUGUUGUUCCAGUCUCAAAGACGAUCACUGUGCCUGUGAGUGGUAGUCCCAAGAUGAGCAACAUCAUGCAGAGCAUUGCCAACUCCUUACCACCCCACAUGUCUCCUGUGAAAAUAACCUUCACUAAACCAACAACACAGACAACAAACACAACAACACAGAAGGUUAUUAUAGUCACUACAUCACCAAGUUCAACCUUCGUGCCCAACAUUCUCUCCAAAUCCCAUAACUAUGCAGCAGUCACUAAGCUUGUACCAACAUCAGUCAUUGCUUCCACAACCCAGAAGCCGCCAGUUGUUAUAACUGCUUCACAGUCUUCUCUGGUCAGUAAUAGCAGCAGUGGCAGCAGCAGUUCUACACCAUCACCUAUUCCUAAUACAGUUGCAGUAACAGCUGUGGUGUCCUGUACACCAUCUGUGGUCAUGUCAACAGUAGCACAAGGUGUAUCUACAUCAGCAAUCAAAAUGGCAUCAACCAGACUUCCUUCCCCCAAAAGCUUAGUGAGUGCCCCAACUCAGAUUCUUGCACAGUUUCCUAAACAACAUCAACAGUCUCCUAAGCAGCAGUUAUAUCAAGUGCAACAGCAGACACAGCAACCAGUGGCCCAGCCUUCUCCAGUAUCUCAUCAGCAACAGCCUCAGCAGUCUCCUUUGCCACCUGGUAUCAAACCUACCAUCCAAAUCAAACAGGAGUCAGGUGUUAAGAUCAUCACACAGCAGGUUCAACCAAGUAAAAUCUUACCCAAACCAGUGACAGCAACUCUACCCACCAGUAGCAAUUCCCCCAUUAUGGUGGUUAGCAGUAAUGGUGCAAUUAUGACGACUAAACUGGUAACCACUCCUACUGGCACACAAGCAACCUAUACCCGGCCAACAGUGAGCCCAUCCAUUGGGCGGAUGGCUGCAACCCCUGGAGCUGCAACUUAUGUGAAAACUACCAGUGGCAGCAUCAUUACAGUAGUACCCAAAUCAUUAGCUACCUUGGGGGGCAAGAUAAUUAGCAGUAAUAUAGUUUCUGGAACGACUACCAAAAUCACUACAAUCCCAAUGACUUCCAAGCCCAAUGUGAUUGUUGUACAAAAGACUACAGGAAAAGGAACAACCAUUCAAGGCCUCCCCGGCAAAAAUGUUGUCACAACGUUGCUAAAUGCUGGAGGAGAAAAGACUAUUCAGACAGUGCCAACAGGAGCAAAGCCAGCUAUCAUCACUGCUACAAGACCCAUCACCAAAAUGAUUGUAACUCAGCCAAAAGGAAUAGGUUCCACAGUUCAACCAGCAGCUAAAAUCAUCCCAACAAAAAUUGUUUAUGGGCAGCAAGGGAAAACGCAGGUUCUUAUUAAACCCAAACCAGUGACUUUUCAAGCGACAGUUGUUAGUGAACAAACAAGACAGCUAGUAACAGAAACACUGCAGCAAGCAUCCAGGGUAGCAGAGGCUGGUAAUUCAUCUAUUCAGGAAGGAAAAGAAGAACCACAGAGUUAUACAGACAGUAGUUCCUCUUCUACAGAGUCCUCCCAGAGUUCCCAAGAUUCCCAGCCUGUAGUUCAUGUAAUUGCUUCCCGGCGUCAGGAUUGGUCAGAACAUGAGAUUGCAAUGGAGACUAGCCCUACCAUAAUUUAUCAGGAUGUAUCCAGUGAAUCACAAUCAGCUACUUCAACAAUCAAAGCUCUGUUAGAACUCCAACAGACAACAGUAAAGGAAAAAUUGGAAUCUAAACCAAGACAACCCACCAUUGACCUGAGUCAGAUGGCAGUGCCUAUUCAGAUGACCCAGGAAAAGAGACAUUCUCCUGAGAGUCCGUCAAUUGCUGUGGUAGAGUCAGAACUAGUAGCUGAAUACAUCACUACUGAACGCACUGAUGAGGGGACAGAGGUUGCUUUUCCCCUUCUAGAUGCUGUGGUGAUUUCUGGAGAAAUAUCAUCACCUCCUCUAUUUUCAGUCAGCCAUCGCUCCCAGCCCCAACAGCCUUCCCAGCCCCAGCGGACCCUGCUCCAGCAUGUGGCUCAGUCACAGACCGCAACACAGACUUCGGUGGUGGUGAAGUCAAUCCCAGCAUCUUCCCCUGGAGCAAUAACCCACAUUAUGCAGCAGGCAUUAAGCAGUCACACUGCUUUUACCAAACACAGCGAGGAACUUGCAACUGAGGAGGGCGAGGUUGAAGAGAUGGACACUUUAGACCCUCAGACAGGUCUGUUUUACCGAUCUGCCCUGACUCAGUCACAGUCAGCUAAACAGCAGAAACUUAGCCAACCCCCGCUGGAACAGACUCAGCUGCAAGUGAAAACUCUGCAGUGCUUCCAGACUAAACAAAAGCAGACCAUCCACCUGCAGGCAGACCAGCUCCAGCACAAACUCCCGCAAAUGCCCCAGCUUUCCAUCAGGCAUCAAAAACUCACCCCUCUGCAGCAAGAACAAGCACAGCCCAAGCCAGAUGUACAGCACACACAGCAUCCUAUGGUGACCAAAGACAGGCAGCUUCCUACCUUAAUGGCACAGCCCCCGCAAACUGUAGUACAGGUGCUUGCAGUGAAAACCACGCAGCAGCUCCCUAAACUGCAGCAGGCUCCGAACCAACCAAAAAUCUACGUGCAACCCCAAACCCCCCAGAGCCAAAUGUCGCUCCCAGCUUCGUCAGAGAAACAGACGGCAAGCCAGGUGGAGCAGCCAAUUAUAACCCAAGGAUCCUCUGUUACAAAGAUAACUUUUGAGGGGCGCCAGCCUCCCACAGUUACAAAGAUAACUGGUGGCAGUUCUGUGCCUAAGCUGACAUCACCAGUUACAAGCAUAUCUCCCAUUCAGGCCUCUGAGAAGACAGCAGUGUCUGACAUUUUGAAAAUGUCUUUGAUGGAAGCUCAGAUUGAUACAAAUGUAGAACAUAUGAUAGUGGAUCCCCCAAAGAAGGCUCUUGCCACUAGCAUGCUCACUGGUGAAGCAGGAUCAUUACCCUCCACCCACAUGGUGGUCGCAGGGAUGGCGAAUUCCACUCCCCAGCAACAGAAAUGUAGAGAGUCCUGUUCAAGUCCAUCCACUGUUGGCUGUUCCCUAACGACAAGGAAAAUUGAUGCACCAGCUGUGCCUGCGACAGGCCAGUUCAUGCGUAUUCAGAAUGUAGGCCAAAAAAAAGCUGAAGAGAGUCCAGCAGAAAUUAUCAUCCAGGCUAUUCCUCAGUAUGCUAUUCCUUGUCACUCCAGCUCCAAUGUGGUGGUGGAGCCCAGUGGGCUUCUUGAGCUAAACAACUUCACUAGUCAACAGCUGGAUGACGAGGAGACAGCAAUGGAGCAGGACAUAGACAGUAGCACGGAGGAUGGAACUGAACCCAGCCCUUCUCAGAGCUCUGCUGAACGGUCCUAGUGUUUUGGACACAAUAGUGCACUUUAAAACCUGCUUGGUUACCAGGUGUCCAGGGAAACCCUCAUAUUUUAAUGUAUAAAAAGAGCACUUUGCCCAUACUUAGGCUGUGGACCCUGAAACAGCAGUGUUUCAACAAGAUAUUGCUGCAGGAGCAGCAUUUUAAAACAAGAUAAAACUCACAGGGGAAUGUACUUUUAAAAAAAAAAAAAGAAAAAAAAAAAGCUGCACAUUUACAGUGACUUGAGACCUAGUCUUCUUUCUCUGUUGGAUCAUGGCCGGUGGAAAAGUUUUGUCUUGCAGUGGAAAGAGACUUUUCCUGUGCAUGUUUCUCAACUGGUUACUACUGAGCAAAAUACCAUCUAAAAGGGGAAUGUGAAUAGUUGUAUUUUGAAAUGAUGUGUCAGGAAAAGUUUUUAGAAAAGUUACAUGUUUUUGCAUAUCCCUAGAAGUGUUGAAUUGGUUAAAAUUUUACAUUUGCUCAGUUCAUAAUUAGUUUAUAAGUACCUAGAAAAAUACUGGCAUUAAAGAAUCCUUGUUGGAUGGUAGAAGUCAGAUCCCUAACCAGUGGGAAGUGCUUUUUGGGUGGCUUGUGCAUUCUCAUCAGUUGUGUGCUAAUUUAUUGUAUUGUUCCUUUGUGCUCUAAGUAGCACACUUGCCUUCUAUUUAUUUAAGUGUAAACAUUUCAAAGCAGGCCGUACUCUGUCUGGCAAAUUUCUUGUAAACCAGGAUUGCAUACCGUUUCCAUCGUCCUUGUCUCCCCACUUUCCUUUAAGAAAACUUACUAGAAAAUGUUUCAUUGCGAAGCGGAGGAAAAGAAACAUUUUCAGGCCUAAAGGAAAUGUUCAGUUAUGUUAAGAAAACAAAUUAUUCAUUCAUAUGAUGCUUUCUUAACGUUGAAAUUGCACAUUCACAUUGGACUGAGACUUUGAAAAUAACUUUUACGUACUUUUGUUUAAGCCCCUUUGAAAUGUAUAAAAAGUUCAUUCACAGUUCUAAAUGUAAAGUUUUUAAGCAUUCUACCUUUUUAGGACACAGUUUGUUUAAGCAAUAUGUUUUGGUCUUGUGAUCACUGUCUGUCACAAGUAGAGUGAGAGGGGUAAGGGGGUGGGAGGGUAAGAGUUUUGACAAGUUGUGGCAAAGGAAACUAUACUUUUCAUUUUUAAAAAUGUAAAUAGAAAAGUUUUUAACGGUUUUAUAUAGAUUUCACUAUAAAUAAGCAUUUUAAGACUGACAAAUGUUGAACUGUACAUACAUUUAUCAGCAUAACUGCCCAGUUUUUUUGGUGCUGAAGUACUGUAAGUAGAAUUCAUCAACAGUCUCCUAAUUUUUGCAUCUACAUCGUGGGGGGGAAGGGAAGCUGUGAUACUAUAGUUAAUAAAUUCCCACUAGAGUGACACUGAAGAUUUAAACACAAGCAUUUGUAAGGUGCACUGAUCUCUGGUGGUUGUCACUAGUUCUGCUAGGUGAUAAUGACUUACCCAUAGAUGGAGCUGUUGGAUAUUAUUUUAUUGUACAAAUUCAUGUUUAAAAAACUUUGUGACUGUUUCUAGUUAAGUAAUUUUUUAACCUUUUUGGGUCAUAGUCUUCUUUGGAAAUCUGAUAAAACUAUGAACUCUCACCAAAAGAUACACAUGCAACAUGUUAAAUACAUGUUAGACUUUGCAUACAAUUUUAGGGGCUCAUGGGCCUCUAAGCCUAUCCAUGUAUUCCAGGUUAAACCCUCUGUUAUGGUCAAUCCAUUACUUACAGAUGUAAGUUUUUAUAAAAUUAUAAAAUAAAGUAUCUUUUAAAUAUUCAUGGAUCAAAUAACAAGAGAAAACCUGAAUAAAGUUAUGUUUUACAUAUUUUGGCAGCAUAGCAUACCUGUGUCCCUUGAGAAUUUAGCGUUCAUAUGUUUCUGCAAUUGGAAUGGCAAAUAAAACUGGCAUCAUCUA